CCAAUCUUUGCUUAUUCUUUUCCAUCUUUCUUGUUGUCAGAGGUGUAUCUCCUCUCCACUGUUAAUUUGCAUAGAAACCACAGUUCUUUUAUUUUUUGUUCUUUCUCUAAUGGAGGCAGAGGCACUUUACAGUUUCAGAGCGACAGAACGUGAUGAGCUCAGUUUCCAGAAGGGUGACAUCCUGAAGGUGACAAACAUGGACGACGACCCAAACUUGUACACAGCAGAACUGUUUGGCAGGCGGGGCUAUGUACCGAAGAACUAUAUCAAUGUAAGACCACACUCCUGGUUUGUGGGCGGAAUAUCACGACAAGAGGCAGAAAACCGCCUGAGGCCACUGGAGUGUGGAGCGUUUCUCAUGAGGGAGAGCGAGAGCACUCCAGGAGAAUUCUCCGUGUCUGUCAGUUAUGGGGACCAUGUGCAGCACUUUAAGGUUUUGAAAGACGGUCUAGGACAGUACUUUGUAUGGGACGAAGUCUUUAGCUCCCUCAAUCAGCUGGUGGAUUUCUACAAAAUCAACAGCAUUGCCAAAGAAAGGACUGUCUUCCUACAAGAGCCUGAGGUUUCACUAGCUAGGCCACGUCAUGCUCAUGCCCUCUUUGACUUCACACCUCACCAUGUGACCCAUCUGCGUUUCCUGCGCGGUGAUGUCAUCGACCUGCUCGACUGUUCAGAUGCUCAGUGCUGGAGGGGGUGGUGCCGUGGCAGAGUGGGCGUGUUCCCACCACAGUAUGUGCAGCCCAUUUACCACUGAACUCCUGUCAGUCGCCAUCUGUAAAUUACUACUUUCAAACUCACUUAUGUUCAUUCAUUCCUGUAAAUGAUAUGUUCACUUCAUAAAUCAAACUAUGUAUGUCAAGCCUUGGCUAAGGUUUGGAGUAUCAUGCUUGAUACAGGUGAUGAUCAAUAUUAGAAUUUAGCUGAUGUGCUAAGGACAGCAUUUGUCUAUAAACAUAUUUGUAACUAAUAUCCAGCAGUGUGGGUGAAGGUAUUCAUGAAACUGCAUUAGAAAAUGUAACAAAUUAAUUAAAGAAACAUAGCUGACCAUGGAAGCUAUUUUAGGGUUUGCAAUGUGUUUUUUUGAUGUUUGAUUGAUUUAACAGGUCAAGGUAAACUGAAGAACACCAAUAAAACUAUUAAUCACUAUCAUUUAUAAAACCAAGCUAAAACAUAGUGAUUAACUGCAGCAUUUAACAAAACAUUAUUUUAUUUUGUACAAUUAUUUUAAGAAAUAUAAUAAAAUUUUUGUAGUGCCACACAGAUAUCUAUGCUGGAGAACUGGUGAAUAAUUUUUUGAACCAGUUCAUUUAA